UGGAAGUUCUACGUGAGCUGAACGUGGUGUAUACUGUGGUGUUUGCAGUAAGCCCAAGCUGUUGGCAAUAAACAGCUGGAAGUACAGCUGGCUGCCUCACAUGACUACAGUGUGCUGCACACAAGUAUUCCUCUCUGGAUGCACUGCUCUUCUUAGAAGUGAUGCUUUAGUGGCAUUUACCCCGAUGUAAACAAGUUUGUUGAUUUAUAGUGGCUUAUUUGCAAGAAGAGCUUUCUCAGAGCGUUCCCUGCCCUCAAGCUAGCUAAUUUGCAGUCUUCAAUGUGCCGGAUCACUAAUGUCGACAAAUUCAAAGUUGGCGUGGAUAUCCAGCUCUGUCCCUAAUAACAGGCAAAGAGAAAUGACUUCUCUUAAUGAGCAUCUGUAAUUGCACGCAAUACGUGUGAAUGGGAAGGACCUUACACUGGCUGGCAGAUUAGUCAGGAUCCCGUCCUACUUAAAAGGGCAUGCAGUCUGAUGCUUCGAAGCUAAAUAGGACUAAACGCAGGAAAAGCCAGAUCUAGGCUGAAGAAACUGGAGUGAUCUAGAUUUGAAAUAACUGGAGUUUCAUUUGGAAGAGGUCUGGUCUUUGAAUGGGAAGUUACUAGCAACCUAGAGGAAAACAGCAGCUGCCUUCCUCAAUUCUAAUCCAGGAGACAAACUACUGUGUAUUGAACAGAAUUUGUUCAACAUCUCUCUGUGAAAUGUACUUGGUGUGAAUGCAGUGCUCAAAGAAGUGGGUGGAAUAUCCUUGAGUAAAGGAAAAGAUGGAAGUGCCAGCAGUCCACAGUCAAGAUAAUGGUAUAUCUCAUGUUCUGACUCUAGUGCUACAAGAACUGAGUUUGCUCUGUAAAAGAGAUGUCAAUGGCAUUGGCAUGUUAUAUGACCUGCUCAGAUCUCGCUGGCUGCAAGCACUUUUAAAGAUUUAUGAGUGCCUCCAACACUAUCUUGGGAAAAGACCAGUUCCUGUCACGCCGCAGGCACACGUGUUGAAUCGUGAGGUGGUAGAGUUACUGCGUGAAGCCCCUCAGUCCGGAGAGAUCAAAGAGCUAAGACGACUACUGCGUGCUCCACACUUAAAGGCCUUGCUAUCUGCUCAUGAUACUGUGGCCCAGAAAGAUUUUGAACCAACCCUUCCGCCACUGCCAGACAACAUACCUGAAAAUGAGGAAGCGAUGAGGAUUGUCUGCUUAGUGAAAAACAACCAGCCUCUGGGUGCCACCAUUAAACGCCAUGAGAUAACAGGUGACAUAACAGUUGCCCGUGUGAUCCAUGGUGGGCUAGCAGACAGAAGUGGGUUGCUGUAUGCUGGAGACAAACUGGUGGAAGUAAAUGGAGUUCCUGUUGAGGGACUUGAGCCUGAGCAAGUUAUUAAUAUUCUGGCCCUGUCUCAGGGGACAAUUAUCUUCAAAUUAAUUCCAGUUUCUGAUCGGCCUGUCAGCAACCAAACAACAGUCUAUGUGCGAGCCAUGGCAGAUUACUGGCCCUUGCAAGAUCCUGCCAUACCAUGUGCUGAUGCAGGCUUGGCUUUUAAGAAGGGUGAAAUACUCCAGGUUGUGGACCAGAAUGAUGCUCUCUGGUGGCAGGCCAGGAAAGUUUCAGAUCUCAGUGCCUGUGCUGGACUCAUACCCUCGAAUCAUCUUCUUAAAAGGAAGCAGCGAGAAUUCUGGUGGUCUCAGCCUUUCCAGCCCCAUCUCUGUCUGAAAUCAUCCAUGUUAAGCACUGUGGAAGAAGAGGAUGACAUACAGAUUGAUGAGAAGUGUGUGGAAACAGAUGAAGAAACAUUUGAGUCUGAGGAACUUAAAGAAGAAGAAGAAGAAUUUGGUGAAUUUGGUCAACGAGUCUUUAUUGCUGGUUUCCGCAGAAGUAUGCGCCUGUGUCGCAGGAAAUCCCAGGCCAACCAGCAGUCAGGUUACGCUCGGUGCCCCAGCAGCUGUUACAGCGCUCUCGCAGCUCCCUACGAAGAGGUGGUUAGGUACCAGCGGCACCCAGCAGACCGGAACAGACUAAUCAUACUAGUGGGUCCUGCAGGAGUUGGUGUGAAUGAGCUAAGGCGAAGGCUUAUCGCAAGUAACCCACGAGAGUUUCAAAGUGCCAUACCUCACACCACUCGUGUUCAGAAGAGUUAUGAAAUGAAUGGUCGUGAAUAUCACUAUGUAUCAAAGGAAACUUUUGAAAACAUGGUGUAUAGCCACAGGAUGCUGGAAUAUGGGGAAUACAAAGGGUACCUGUAUGGUACCAGUAUUGAUGCAGUGCGAACAGUCCUCGAUGAAGGGAAGAUCUGUGUAAUAGAUUUAGAACCGCAGGGCAUACAAGUAGCCCGGACACAUGAAUUAAAGCCCUACAUUAUAUUCAUCAAGCCAUCCAGCAUAAGCUGUAUGAGGCAGACUCGUAAAAAUGCCAGGAUCUUAACCGAUUAUUAUGUGAACAUGAAAUUCAAGGAAGAAGAUUUACAGGAGAUGGAAGAUUCGGCGAAGAAAAUGGAAGCGCAGUUUGGUCAGUUCUUUGAUCAGGUGAUUGUGAAUGACAAUUUACAAGAAGCAUCAGCGCAGCUGCUGUCUGCGGUCCGUCGUGCACAGGAUGAGCCCCAGUGGGUCCCUGCAAUAUGGAUAUGCUCAGACACUCAGCCCUAAUUCUGAGCAGCAGGCAGCUUCAUAAAGAUUACAGCUUAUGUUUUACUUCAAGAAUAAUCCUGAUGUCAGGAUUGCAAGAAUUUAUCUUUGUAUGUGAGGGAUUUGCAAGAGGAUUAAGAAAGAAGCUGCUACAGGAGACACAAUCAUCCUGUGUUCUGUGUAGCUCUUCAGCUUUUUAUGUUACAGUUGCAUCCACUUUUGUACAAAAAAAGGAAAUGCUGUGAGCACUCAAUUACAAGAAUAAAGAAAAAUCUAUUUUGUUGCA